UAUUAUCUUCAGCCCCACCCACCGGGAGCAUGGCGUUGAUAAUUGGAUUGCUUUUGCUCCUGCAAAUGCUAGUGGUACAGGGUGGACCAGUUGAUAAUGAAGAGAAACCAACUGGGAAGAUCUCCACCGGGAAGAUUGUACUAUUGGUAAUCUUCCUAGUUAUUUUGCACUUUGCAGCUUUAAUCUAUUGGCUGAUGAGACUUUACAGAAACUCCAGUAGAGACAUCAAGAUAUCACUUGCAAAAAUGCGGCAUCAAUGAAAAUAAAAGAUUUUAUGUGAAAUAUUAUUGUUUUAAAGACUUUUUAGAAAAGGAAAAUUUUACAGGUUUUUAGAAAUGAAAUUUAGUUUUGUUUUAAUUAUUGGGAUGGUUUUCCGGUAUUACGGUAUAUAAGUAAUAAGCAGCUCCCGCAGACCAUCAACUACAGCACAAUCACCACUGAGCAAAAGAGGAGGACUGAUUCAGGCAUUGGCUAGUCCUUCGGUUCUCUUUCCUCUCCUGGGACCGUUUCACCAAUCUACACCAGUCUGCUCUGCUCUAUCGAUCUAUUCUGGGACAUACCAUUCUCAUGACAUAAGAGCCGUCCAAGAAAUAUUGUUUGAAGCAGAGAGCAAUGUCAAAACAACCACCCCAGAUCAUCACUUCACUUCCGCCGCAGCCCCACUUCUUCAUAGCACCCUCUCCUGUCACAGCUCCAGGCUAUGCCCUCCAGUUACCUCCACACGUUUCCACUCCUCACUCUUCCUCCCUUACAAGCAUUAGCCCCUGGCCGGCCUCUCUUGCUCCUCUAAGACCCCAAGCUCCAUUUAACUGCCCAGCUGAAGUCUACUUUGCAGCUCAGCCGUGCAUUUUGCCUGCCAUCAGUACCAAAUCCGAUAAGACCCUAACUCCCACCACAACUCUAUUAAGAGAGGAUUCACAUUCGCCUUCUGUGUCUAAUAGCAUUAAAGCUGAAGAGCCACUGACCAAUUGUAAGAUAACCACCGGGGGAGAGGAGAAGAGAGUUUCCUAUCCAAUUAAUGCUCUUAUUGAUGUCCCUGGCUCCUUAAACAGAGGCUCAAGAACGUCGAGUUUGAACAGUUCUUUGUCUUCAAUUCGUUUUGGUGGUAGCCUGAGUCAACUGUGGGCAACCUCACUCUCAUCUUUAUCAACAAAAGUGAAUGGAAUGAAGAGUACUGGUAAUCUUCAUGCUGAAGCCUCAAUGCCGUCACUAGGUAACCAGUAUGUUGCUUUGGGUGGAAGUCUUCCCGAACUGUCUCUCACUUCUCUCACUCGCCUCUUACCCAACUCCUCAGCAACCACAGGCUCUACUAGUUCAGACGGGGGUACAAGUAGCGGAGGAGGAGGAGGUCUUUAUACUCUAAUCCAAUCGCCUCUUUGUGUAUAUCCCAGUCAGUCUCACUUAGCCACUCCUUUUAUCAAUGCUAACGGGUCAAUCACGUUCGGGUCUUUUCUCUCGAGUGGCUCCAGCUUGUGUUCUGCCCAGCAGACAAGUGAGUCUCCUCCUCCUACUUCAAAACAGUCUAACGAGGCUCGGAACAAUUCUGGAUCGCCCGAGAUUGACGUCUCUCCAGGUUGCUAUAGCAGCACGACCACAUCAGCUAGCAACGGAGCGAUUGCACCAGGUAGCCUCAGCACUUUAGCUUACGUAGCUUCAGCUCAAAAGACACUAGACACUAACUGUAGCGAAGGGUUUCCGCUAAUGACUGUUUCUAAUCAUCUACCGGGACAGAGCCCUUUGUCUUCGUCUACUCACGGGCUAAGCCCCAUACAACCACCAACCUCUUGUCUGAGCCCAGAGGAUCACAGCCUUGAGAUUGACUGUCGUGUUCCCUCAUCCCCUGCUACUGGGUACAGCGUAGUCACUUCUGUUGGAAUAGGAGCCCACUUGCCGACAGUCAAAGAGGAAAAGGACCAACAGGACUACCAUCACUCUUACAUCGAAGUAAAGCCACACCUAGUCGAGGGAAAGAAGGACUCCUUCAAGGACAAGCCAUACAAGUGUGACUAUCCUGGGUGUGGUCGCUCCUUCUCUUUCCCUGCUCACUUACGCUCUCACGUCCAGCAAAUACAUAUUUCGUAUCGACCGUGUAAAUGUGACUUCCCCGGUUGUGGCAAGCGGUUUUACACUCCGCAGCAUCUCAACGUUCACCGUCGCAUACACACAGGAGAACGCCCUUUCGUCUGUCCAUACUCUGACUGCAGCAAGGCUUUCACGACUGCUGGUAACUUGAAGAACCACAUCAGGACUCACACAGGCGAGAGACCGUAUGCCUGCAAGUUUGACGGGUGCUCCAAACGCUUUGCCGAGAUGUCCAGUCUUAAGAAACACGAGUUGACCCACACCGGAGAGAAACCGUAUAAAUGUCGGGUCUGUGGUAAGGCCUUCUCUCAGGCUGGGUCCCGGAAUACCCACGAGAGGAAGCAUAGCAGGACUGGGGAGGAGGGAGAGGGGAAACUAACGAGACGCUAUCGGAUAAAACGUGUGUCUCAAGAUGAUGAUAUGUAGCUGUCCAACUCUUCCUCUUUCUUUCUCUCACUUUCCCCUUCCUUUAUGUAAGGAACCUGCAAUCUCUCAUUCCAAUCUUUUCCUUUUAAUUAUUCUUGUUAAUUAUCUUCUUCUUAUUCCUUUCUCUCUCUCACUUGUGACACUUUCUUUAAAACAGCCACACACACAAGCAAGCAAUCUAAAAUUUGACUAUGGAUUAUUAAUUAUUAUUAUUAAUAUUUUGUGGUGUUAUUAUUAUUAUUUAAAAUAGUGCAAUGAGAUGAAAUAGUUACUAUAA